AAUAAUGAAUUUAAUACUUUACGCCUAUGGUGUAAAUGUGUGUAAAUUGUUUAAAUUUAACGUUUUAACAAGUUUUUCAUGUAAGACAGUAUGUAUUUGGGAAAACGUUAUCUCAAAAUGAGUUCCUUAUCGCAAUUUUAUGAAAGAAAGUGACGAAUCUUAUACGAACCUCGCAGACUAGCCAUAUAAGUAAGAUAUUUACAACAAACGUGGGAGCAACAAUGACGUAGCGGUCACCAGUGUAACUUGCUGUUAUUUGCUGCCUUACCUCUUCACUUUCAAAAAUAUCGUGAGCGCGCUAACACGUAUUAUUCGAAUUUAUUUUUUAAAUAAUCGCGGUAUUUUUGUUUUUGCUUCACAUUACGUUAACUACGUUAGCUUUUUAUUUAGAUUUAGUGUUUAACGAAUAGUGUUCCAAGAUGACAGUGAAUAAAAGUGGUGCGACUUCUACAAAUAAAUCGAAAAAGAAAACUUUUACAACUACUGCCGCAAGUUCAUCAAGUACAAGUGCCACAAAAUCAUCAAAAAUAGUAUCUAAGAAAAGCGAGACUGCUCAAUCUGGUAAUGUAUCAAAAUCAUCUUCGUCUUCCAGUUUACAAAUUUCCGAUGUGUCUCAUUUACCGGUAAAUGCCAAAGUAGUUACUUAUAAAGUAACAGAACAGUUACCAACAGGUAGCGGAGAAAAAAUUACAACUUACGAAGACUCAGGUGCUAUUUCUACUGAAUACCGACAUUUUAUUUCAGAAGAUUCUUCUCAUACAGCACAUUCUGCACAAAUAGAACAAAUUAGUUCUACCUUAAAUCAAUCUACAGUAAAUCUAAACGAAUCAAUGUCAAAUUUAUCUCAAAUUUCCAAUUCUACAUAUACCGUAACUGAACCUAUGGAAGAAUUAAAAUUAACAUACAACAAAAACGAUUCCGGUUGGAAUGGUAAGUUCAUUGUUGAACAACCUUUACACAAAGAUAAAAAAACUAGAAAUCAAGUAACAAAAGGUACUGGAAAAACUAUAGUAGAACAAACUUCGUCUUCAACUUCUCACCAAGAAAGUUCUUCCAUUGCAAAAAGUUCUUCCAGUAGCUAUGUAGUUGAAAUUGUUAACGGAAAGGAGAGAAUUAUAGAUCAGAAACACCACGAAUCAGCUCAAGCUGCUCACUCUAGUAAUGAUGAACAUUUUGACAUGAAAUCUGGAACUAAUAUUACUCCAGAAGUCCAUUACAAACAAGAAACUUCCGAAAGUUCUACAAAAUAUGAUUCAGAUAUUCCAGAAUUAAAACAACCCCGAACAAAAUCUAGUAAGGCUGUGAAAGAAAUACAUCAAAUAGGAGAUCAAACAUCAUCGUCUUCAAAUAUUAUCCAUGAAAAUAUUACAAACAAAAAUAUUUUAAAAGAUCAGAAUAAUCAAACCGAUUUAUUGUCACAUAAUACGACGUAUACGAUAACAGAUAAAAAUAUUUUGCGAGAUACUACAAUUGAUCAAACUGAUACGAUUUCUCAGAAUUCAGGAUCAACAUAUACUGUGAACGUACCGAGUGAAGAAUUGAGACUAACUUAUAAUAAAAAUGACUCUGGUUGGAAUGGAAAAUUUAUCUAUGAAGAUACCAAAAUUGAAGACAAGAAAAAUGCUGUGACUAAAAAUAAAAAUACUGUGAUAGAACAAACUUCAUCUUCAACAUCUCAUCAAGAAAGUUCGGCUACGGAAAAAAGUUCGUCCAGUAGUUACAUCAUAGAAAUUGUUGACGGUAAGGAAAGAAUUAUUGAUAGAAAACAUCAUGAAGCUGAAAAUACUUCUCGUUUGAAUAAAGAUGAAAAUUUUUCAACAAAAUCAGGUACAAACAUUAUUCCUGAAACUCAUUAUCAAGAAAAAUCAUCAAAAACCUCAAUCAAAUACGAUAGUAAUAUUCCAGAUUUGCAACAGCCGAAAACAAAAUCAUCCGAAAUUACUAAAGAUUUUCAUCAAGUAGGUAAUCAAACUUCUUCAAACAUAAGCGCUACACAAAAUAAAUCUACAACGGAUAAGCAUUCUUUGAAAUCUUCUUCAAAAAAUUUCAUCGAAAUGGAAAAAACAGAUACAAUGAAUAAACAAACGGAUUCUAGUCAAUAUCAAAAAACUAGCGUUACUGAAACAAUCCAAAACAUAACUGCUAAAGAUACGGGCAAGAAUGCAACUACGACAACUACAACCACAUAUUACGACUCGAAAGGAAAUAUCAUUAAAACUGUAACUAAUGUUGAUGAUGAAGUUAUUCCAGGCUCUACUUUGACUGGAAGAGAUAAAUCAAAUACAUUGAACCUCAACGAAACUUACGUGAAAACUGAUCAUGGAUUAACUUCUUCUACUUCCAGAAAAUUAGCACCAACUGAUAGUUAUUCUAGUACAACAAUAACGAGUAAGGAUAAUGCCAAUGAUACCACCGUAAAAUAUGUAGAUGAAAAUUAUAUUGACUUGCACAAAGUUAUAAAUACGAAUCUAGAAACUGAUUCUAAAGAUUUUUAUGGUCACCGAGUAGAUUCGAAAAAUACUAUGGUAACUAAUGUGUAUGAUACAACAGCUAUCCAAAACACUAUUGGUACUAGAGGUCACAUUAUAAUGGAUGGAAAUAUUGAUACCACUGAUAUGGUUUAUUCAAAUGAUAGAAAUUAUGGAAAAACUGGAUGGAAUGGUCAAUUUACUUAUGAAACGCAAAAAUCUUCGAGAAAAACUGCUUCACCUGAAAGAAGGUCGAAAGGAGAAAAAGUAUCACAUUCUCCUACUCGUCUCCAUCCAGAAGAUUUUCCUGCGGCAGGUGUUCCUUCAACAAAAAGGCAUCCAGAAGAACAACGAUCCAAACCAGAAGAUAAGCACCUAAAAUCUCGCUCCCCAACUCGUUUACAUCCAGAAGAUUUACCUCCCGCUGGUGCUCCUUCAAGAAAAAGUCGUCCAGAUGAUAAAAGAUCUAAACCAGAGGACAAACAUCCAAAAUCUCACUCGCCUACUCGUCUUCAUCCAGAAGAUUUACCUCCAGCUGGUGCUCCCUCAACAAGAACUCAACCAGAUGAUCAUCGACCUAAACCAGAAGACAAGCAUCCAAGAUCGCAUUCACCUACUCGUCUUCAUCCAGAAGAUUUUCCUGCAGCAGGUGCUUCGUCAAAAAAAAGCCGUCCGGAUGAUCAUCGUGGGAAUACUGACGAUACUACUGUCAGAUACGUGGAUGAGAAUUAUGUAGACUUGCACCAAAUUAAAAAUUCGAAUCUAGAAACCGAUUCUAAAGAUUUCUAUGGUCACAGAGUAGAUUCGAAAAAUACUAUGGUAACUAAUGUGUAUGAUACAACAGCUAUCCAAAACACUAUUGGUACUAGAGGUCACAUUAUAAUGGAUGGAAAUAUUGAUACCACUGAUAUGGUUUAUUCAAAUGAUAGAAAUUAUGGAAAAACUGGAUGGAAUGGUCAAUUUACUUAUGAAACGCAAAAAUCUUCGAGAAAAACUGCUUCACCUGAAAGAAGGUCGAAAGGAGAAAAAGUAUCACAUUCUCCUACUCGUCUCCAUCCAGAAGAUUUACCUCCCGCUGGUGCUCCUUCAAGAAAAAGUCGUCCAGAUGAUAAAAGAUCUAAACCAGAGGACAAACAUCCAAAAUCUCACUCGCCUACUCGUCUUCAUCCAGAAGAUUUACCUCCAGCUGGUGCUCCCUCAACAAGAACUCGACCAGAUGAUCAUCGACCUAAACCAGAAGACAAGCAUCCAAGAUCGCAUUCACCUACUCGUCUUCAUCCAGAAGAUUUUCCUGCAGCAGGUGCUUCGUCAAAAAAAAGCCGUCCGGAUGAUCAUCGUGGGAAUACUGACGAUACUACUGUCAGAUACGUGGAUGAGAAUUAUGUAGACUUGCACCAAAUUAAAAAUUCGAAUCUAGAAACCGAUUCUAAAGAUUUCUAUGGUCACAGAGUAGAUUCAAAAAACACUAUGGUAACUAAUGUGUAUGAUUCAACAGCUAUUCAAAACACUAUUGGUACUAGAGGUCAUAUUAUAAUGGAUGAAAAUAUUGACACUACUGAUCUUGUUUAUUCAAAUGAUAGAAAUUAUGGAAAAACUGGAUGGAAUGGUCAAUUCACUUAUGAAACGCAAAAAUCUACAAGAAAAACUUCAUCACCUGAAAGAAAACCAAAAGGUGAAAAAGUACCGCACUCUUCUACUCGUCUUCAUCCAGAAGAUUUACCUCCAGCUGGCGCGCCUUCAACAAAAAGUCGUCCUGAAGAUCAUCGACCUAAACCAGAAGACAAACAUCCAAAAUCGCAUUCACCUACUCGUCUUCAUCCAGAAGACUUACCUCCAGCUGGUGCCCCUUCAACUAAAAGGCGUCCAGAAGAUCAUCGAACUAAACCAGAAGACAAGCAUCCAAAAUCGCAUUCACCUACUCGUCUUCAUCCAGAAGAUUUACCUCCAGCAGGUGCUCCUUCAACAAAAAGGCGUCCAGAAGAUCAUCGAACUAAACCAGAAGACAAGCAUCCAAAAUCGCAUUCACCUACUCGUCUUCAUCCAGAAGACUUACCUCCAGCUGGUGCUCCUUCGAAAAGAAUCCAUCCCAAAGAACUAGGAGAUAAAAAGACUAUAGUUCAAACGGAUACAUUUUUAAAUAUGGAAACACAAGAAAAUUUAAAACAAAUGAUAGAUAUCUCCACAACUGAAUAUGACACUAUAGAUUCCCAUGUUACUAAAAAAGAUUUAUCAGUAGUUUAUCCGAAGGGAUAUCCUACGACAGAUAUUCAACGAACCACAGAAAAAUAUGAAACAACUGAUAUCAGUGACAAAACAACUAAUAGCUUUUCCAAAAAUACUGAAUCUGAAACAAUAGUUAGUCAAGUCAGCUCUACAGAACAUUACACGAUUGUAGAUGGUAGAAGAAUACCAGUUGGUCCUAAAAUACCAGACGGGGAACAGCCAAAACAAUUGAAAAUACAUCCAGAAGAGUUACCAGCUGCUGGUAAACCAUCUAGAAGAAGUGAUUCACCAACUAAAAUGAGAAAUACUCAUAGAGACGAAUUUACAGAGCUCUCAACUAGUGUGAAAGAUUCAAAAACUUCUGAGACCGCAGUAAACCAAUCAACUUUGGUUGAACAUUAUGUCGUUGUUGAUGGAAAAAUUAUUUCUGAUAUUCCAACAUCUAUGGAUAGAACAUAUAUAAUCGAAUCCAACGAUAGGACUUUAAGAGAUAGGGCACCAGAAGAAAAAUAUCCCAAAGAGCUACCGGCUGCUGGAAAACCUUCAGUAGUUCCAAGACGGGAUACUUCACCUGAAAAGAUUACAAAAGAAAAAAGUCCUAAAGACAAGAAACCUGAUCGUAAGCAUCCCGAAGAUCUACCAGUUGCAGGAAAACCUUCAGUAUCUCCACGACGUGAUACUUCACCAGAAAAAAUUACGAAAGAAAAAAGUCCUAAGGAUAAGAAACCUGAUCGUAAGCAUCCCGAAGAUCUACCAGUUGCAGGAAAACCUUCAGUAUCUCCAAGAAAAGAUACGUCACCAGAGAAAAUAGUGCAAGAAAAAUCUCCAAAAGACAGAGAACCGAUGGACAAACACCCUGAAGACUUGCCAGCUGCCGGCAAACCUUCAGUCUCACCUAAAAGAGAAAAAGUGCCUGAAAAACCAAUAAAAGAAAAGAGUUCAAAAGAAAAGUUACCAGAACAAAAGCACCCCGAGGAUUUACCAGCUGCUGGAAAACCCUCAGUUUCACCAAAAAAAGAUGUAUCACCAGAUAAAUCAGUGAAAGAAAAAAGUCCAAAAGAAAAAAUGCCAGUAGAAAAACGCCCUGAAAAAUUACCAGCGGCAGGUAAACCGUCCAGAAGUGAUACAUUACCAGAAAAACCAGGAGAUAGAGGUCCAAAAGGAAAAACACCCAAAUACCCCGAAGAAGAUUCUCCUGAUAAAAUAAUAAGUACUACAUUGACGGAAAUCGUAACCUCGGAAUACCCAACAACAAUUUCAAAAGAUUUUAGUGAAAACGUAGAAGUAAUACGAAAUGUGCAAGACGAAACUUUUACUGUAAACGAAUCUCGUACUUUCGUUGAUAAUAAAAUUCUUAAGGAAUACUAUACUACAGUCGAAAACGAUACGAAAUUUAUCGAAAAUGUCGAUAUUGUUGAUGAAAAAUCGAACAUAGUGAACGUUAAAAAUUUUACUGAAAACGUAGAUAUCAUUGAUAAAGUGGUGAUCGAUGAAAGUAAAACAGAUGUUAACAAAACGUUCAUCAAGGAGGAUAUAGUCGAUAUAAAAACAAUUGAUGAAGUCGAAAAUAUAACUAAUAUCAAACGAGUAUCUGAUAACAAAGUUGUCUUAAUCGAAAAAGUUAUUAAAGAACCUUCUAAACCUGUGGUACUUAAAGUACCGUUGAAGGAGCAAUGUAUCUGUGAACUCUGCACAUGUGGACGACAUACAUGCCCUCACAACCCGGACAAUUAUAAUGAUCACCUUCAUCCUGAAGGACCUUUCCUCGGCCAACCUAAAGAUGAUUACAACGCUGUAAAAGGAGAACGUUACCCCACUGUUAAGCCUCAAGAUCAUUUGAAACCCGAAGGCGAUUUUGUUAAGCGUCAGCCAGAAGAAUGGAAGCCAGCUGAAAGGCCCAAACAGAAAAAACCAGAAGACAAUUUAAAACCGGAAGGUGAAUUUGAAAGAUACAAGCCUGAAGAGUGGAAACCGGGAGAUCGAGCUCCUGUGAGAAAACCAGAGGAUAAUUUGAAACCAGAAGGCGAUUUCGAGAAACGUAAACCUGAAAAAUGGCAGCCCGGAGAUAGACCAGCACCUAAAAAACCAGAAGAUAAUUUGAGACCAGAAGGAGAAUUUGAGAGGCCCGAUAAACCUGGAUGGCAACCUGCUGAACGACCACAGCAAAAAAGGCCCGAAGAUAAUUUACGUCCUGAAGGAGAUUUCGAAAAACGAACACCAGAAAAAUGGAGACCAGGAGAUAGACCAGAAAUUCGAAAACCCGAUGAUAAUUUAAAACCCGAAGGAGACUUUGAAAGACCUGAACGACCAGAAUGGAAACCUGCAGAGCGUCCACAACAAAAAAAACCAGAGGAUAACUUGAAACCCGAAGGAGAUUUUGAAAAACGUACACCGGAAAAAUGGCGUCCAGGUGAGAGACCUGAAAUUAGAAAACCACAUGAUAACCUGCGGCCAGAAGGAGACUUCGAGAGACCAGAAAAACCUGAAUGGAGUCCAGCCGAACGACCGAAGCAAAGAAGACCUGAAGAUAAUUUGAAACCGGAAGGAGACUUUGAAAAACGAACGCCAGAAAAAUGGCGUCCUGGUGACAGACCUGAAGCUAGAAAACCUCAAGAUAACUUGAAACCUGAAGGAGACUUUGAAAGGCCUGACAAACCAAGCUGGAGCCCAGCAGAAAGACCACAACAAAAGAGACCUGAAGAUAAUUUGAGACCAGAAGGCGAUUUUGAACGUCCAGAAAAACCUACUUGGUCGCCCACUGAAAGACCUAAACCAAAACGUCCAGAAGAUAAUCUUAAACCUGAAGGAGAGUUCGAAAAACGCAAACCAGAAGAUUGGAAGCCUGCAGAAAAGCCCGUUGUGAAGAAACCGCAAGAUAAUUUGAGACCAGAGGGAGACUUUACUAGUACCACAACUAUCACUGAAGAUUAUAAGGUAUUUACUGCGGACAGAGCCGAUAUUGUUCGCCGUGAAGAUAAUCUCAUAAUUGAAGGAAAGUUCACUGAUAUUACUACAAACAAGACUGACUUCACUGGUGAACUUGUUGUUGUAGAACGCCCGGUAAGAAGAAGAACAUGGACAAAAGACGACGUAGAUAAAUUUUAUUCGACUGAAACCUUUGAAACUACUACUACCAGUCAAAAUGUUUACAAAAAUUAUGAUGUUACUGAUUUUAGUCAAACAGUUGUAAUUCAUCAUGACAAUUUAAAACCAGAAGGUCCUUUCUAUGGAACUCCAAAAUCUAAAGAAGAUUACCUUCCCAAAAAUGUUGAACGCCCUAAACCAACUAAACCAAAAGAUAAUCUUAAACCAGAGGGAGAGUUUGAGAAGAGAACACCCGAGAAAUUUAUUCCUGCUGAAAGACCUAAACAAAGGAAACCUGAUGAUAAUUUAAGACCUGAAGGUGAUUUUGAGCGACCAGAGAAAACAGAAUGGUCUCCUGCAGAAAGACCGAAACAGAAAAGGCCUGAAGAUAACCUUAGACCAGAGGGAGAUUUCGAACGACCAGAAAAACCAGAAUGGUCUCCCGUUGAAAGACCGAAACAAAAAAGACCUGAAGAUAACCUUAGACCAGAAGGUGAUUUCGAGAGACCUGAGAAACCAAAAUAUAGACCUUCUGAACGUCCAACACCCAAAAAACCUGAGGAUAACUUAAGACCAGAAGGAGAUUUCGAACGCCCAGAAAAACCAGAAUGGUCUCCCGUUGAAAGACCGAAACAGAAAAGACCUGAAGAUAACCUUAGACCAGAAGGCGAUUUCGAGAGACCUGAAAAACCAAAAUAUAGACCUUCUGAACGUCCAACACCUAAAAAACCUGAGGAUAACUUAAGACCAGAAGGAGAUUUCGAACGCCCAGAAAAACCAGAAUGGUCUCCCGUUGAAAGACCGAAACAGAAAAGACCUGAAGAUAACCUUAGACCAGAAGGCGAUUUCGAGAGACCUGAAAAACCAAAAUAUAGACCUUCUGAACGUCCAACACCUAAAAAACCUGAGGAUAACUUAAGACCAGAAGGAGAUUUCGAACGCCCAGAAAAACCAGAAUGGUCUCCCGUUGAAAGACCGAAACAGAAAAGACCUGAAGAUAACCUUAGACCAGAAGGCGAUUUCGAGAGACCUGAUAAACCAAAAUAUAGACCUUCUGAACGUCCAACACCUAAAAAACCUGAGGAUAACUUAAGACCAGAAGGAGAUUUCGAACGCCCAGAAAAACCAGAAUGGUCUCCCGUUGAAAGACCGAAACAGAAAAGACCUGAAGAUAACCUUAGACCAGAAGGCGAUUUCGAGAGACCUGAAAAACCAAAAUAUAGACCUUCUGAACGUCCAACACCCAAAAAACCUGAGGAUAACUUAAGACCAGAGGGAGAUUUCGAACGCCCAGAAAAACCAGAAUGGUCUCCCGUUGAAAGACCGAAACAAAAAAGACCUGAAGAUAACCUUAGACCAGAAGGUGAUUUCGAGAGGCCCGAGAAACCAAAAUAUAGACCUUCUGAACGUCCAACACCCAAAAAGCCUGAGGAUAACUUAAGACCAGAGGGAGAUUUCGAACGACCAGAAAAACCAGAAUAUAAAUCAGUUGAAAGACCCAAACAAAAACGACCACAAGAUAAUCUCCGACCAGAAGGUGACUUUGAAAGACCUUCUCCAACCAAAGUUGGCCCAGCUGAAAGAAGAACUCCCAUAAAACAUGACGAUAACUUAAGACCAGAAGGAGAUUUCGAACGACCCGAAAAACCAAAAUACAGGCCCACAGAAAGACCUACUGCCAAACGUCCAGAAGAUAACUUGCAUCCAGAAGGUGACUUUGAACGCCCGGAGAAACCUGGUUAUGUUCCAGCAGAAAGACCCAAACAAAAACGACCAGAGGAUAAUCUCCGUCCUGAAGGCGAUUUUGAAAGACCUACGCCUCACAAAGUGGGUCCAGCUGAACGUAGAACUCCCAUAAAACAUGACGAUAACUUAAGACCAGAAGGAGAUUUCGAACGACCCGAAAAACCAAAAUACAGGCCCACAGAAAGACCUACUGCUAAACGUCCAGAAGAUAACUUGCAUCCAGAAGGUGACUUUGAACGCCCGGAGAAACCUGGUUAUGUUCCGGCAGAAAGACCCAAACAAAAACGACCAGAGGAUAAUCUCCGUCCUGAAGGCGAUUUUGAAAGACCUACGCCUCACAAAGUGGGUCCAGCUGAACGUAGAACUCCCAUAAAACAUGACGAUAACUUAAGACCAGAAGGAGAUUUUGAACGACCUGAAAAACCAAAAUACAGGCCCACGGAACGACCUAUUGCUAAACGUCCAGAAGAUAACUUGCAUCCAGAAGGUGACUUUGAACGCCCGGAGAAACCGGGUUAUGUUCCAGCAGAAAGACCCAAACAAAAACGACCAGAGGAUAAUCUCCGUCCUGAAGGUGAUUUUGAGAGACCUUCUCCAACCAAAGUUGGCCCAGCUGAAAGAAGAACUCCCAUAAAACAUGACGAUAACUUAAGACCAGAAGGAGAUUUCGAACGACCCGAAAAACCAAAAUACAGGCCCACAGAAAGACCUACUGCUAAACGUCCAGAAGAUAACUUGCAUCCAGAAGGUGACUUUGAACGCCCGGAGAAACCUGGUUAUGUUCCAGCAGAAAGACCCAAACAAAAACGACCAGAGGAUAAUCUCCGUCCUGAAGGCGAUUUUGAAAGACCUACGCCUCACAAAGUGGGUCCAGCUGAACGUAGAACUCCCAUAAAACAUGACGAUAACUUAAGACCAGAAGGAGAUUUCGAACGACCCGAAAAACCAAAAUACAGGCCCACAGAAAGACCUACUGCCAAGCGUCCAGAAGAUAACUUGCAUCCAGAAGGUGACUUUGAACGCCCGGAGAAACCUGGUUAUGUUCCGGCAGAAAGACCCAAACAAAAACGACCAGAGGAUAAUCUCCGUCCUGAAGGCGAUUUUGAAAGACCUACGCCUCACAAGGUGGGUCCAGCUGAACGUAGGACACCCAUAAAACACGACGACAAUUUAAGACCAGAAGGAGAUUUCGAACGACCCGAAAAACCAAAAUACAGGCCCACAGAAAGACCUACUGCUAAACGUCCAGAAGAUAACUUGCAUCCAGAAGGUGACUUUGAACGCCCGGAGAAACCUGGUUAUGUUCCAGCAGAAAGACCCAAACAAAAACGACCAGAGGAUAAUCUCCGUCCUGAAGGUGAUUUUGAGAGACCUUCUCCAACCAAAGUGGGUCCAGCUGAACGUAGGAGUCCCAUAAAACAUGACGAUAACUUAAGACCAGAAGGAGAUUUCGAACGACCCGAAAAACCAAAAUACAGGCCCACAGAAAGACCUACUGCCAAACGUCCAGAAGAUAACUUGCAUCCAGAAGGUGACUUUGAACGCCCGGAGAAACCUGGUUAUGUUCCGGCAGAAAGACCCAAACAAAAACGACCAGAGGAUAAUCUCCGUCCUGAAGGCGAUUUUGAAAGACCUACGCCUCACAAGGUGGGUCCAGCUGAACGUAGGACACCCAUAAAACACGACGACAAUUUAAGACCAGAAGGAGAUUUCGAACGACCCGAAAAACCAAAAUACAGGCCCACAGAAAGACCUACUGCUAAACGUCCAGAAGAUAACUUGCAUCCAGAAGGUGACUUUGAACGUCCUUCCAAACCAGGUUAUAUACCUACUGAAAGGCCUAAACAAAAACGACCAGAAGAUAAUCUUCGUCCAGAAGGAGAUUUCGAAAGACCAUCACCAACAAAAGUUGGAUCUGCUGAGCGUAGAACUCCUAUUAAACACGAUGAUAACUUGCGCCCAGAAGGAGAUUUUGACCGUCCGGAAAAACCAAAAUAUAAACCAGCAGAAAGACCAAUUGCUAAAAAGCCUGAGGAUAAUUUGAAACCCGAGGGAGAAUUUGAACGUCCAGAUAUAAUAGAAGUGGGUCCUGCUGAAUUAAGAAAGCCGAUAAAGCAUCAUGACAACUUAAAACCUGAAGGUGACAUGACAAUUAGCAGAAGAGACGAUUACAAAAUUGUAAAAGGAGAAAGAGUUGAGAUUGUUAAGCACGAAGAUAAUCUGAAAAUGGAAGGCGAAUGGGAUAUCAGACGAAGAGACGAUUAUUCCAAAUUAGAAGUGAAUAAAAGAAACGAGAUAAUAAAACACGAGGAUAAUCUCAGAAUGGAAGGUGAAUGGGAUAUACGCAGAAGGGAUGAUUAUAGCAAAACGACUAUUACUGACCGUACGCAAGUUAUUAGACGUGAAGAUAAUUUAAGAGUUGAAGGCGAAUUCACAGAUUUACGUUCCAGAGAUGACUAUAAAGUAGUUAGAGGAGAUAAAUGUGAAAUUGUAAGACACGAAGAUAACCUAAAAAUGGUUGGAGAGUUCAAUGAAUAUAGAAAACGCGAUGAAUACUCAACUGGCUUCCAAAAAACCGAAAUUAUACGUCAUGAAGAUAAUUUGCACCCAGAAGGCGAUUUUGAGCGUCCUGAUAAACCCAAAUAUCAACCGGCGGAAAGACCUACUCCUAAAAAGCCUCAAGAUAAUUUAAAACCAGAAGGUGAGUUUGAGCGUCCUACGCCAACUAAGGUUGGGCCAGGAGAAAGAAGAACUCCAAUUAGACACCAUGAUAACUUGCAUCCCGAAGGCGAUUUUGAAAGACCGCACAAGCCAGGUUGGAGUCCUGCAGAAAGACCUACUCCUAAAAAGCCUCAAGAUAAUUUAAAACCAGAAGGUGAGUUUGAGCGGCCUACACCGUCUAAGGUUGGACCGGGAGAAAGAAGAACUCCAAUUAGACACCAUGAUAACUUGCAUCCCGAAGGAGAUUUUGAAAGACCACAUAAGCCAGAUUGGAGUCCUGCAGAAAGACCCACUCCUAAAAAGCCUCAAGACAAUCUCCGACCAGAAGGUGAUUUUGAUAGGAGAACUGUAUCAAAAGUAGGACCUGCAGAACGAAGAACUCCUAUUAAACAUCCAGAUAAUUUAAAACCUGAAGGAGAUUUCGACAGACCAGAUUCGGUUAAAUAUCAACCCGCCGAAAGACCCACACCUAAGAAACCUCAAGAUAACUUACGCCCAGAAGGAGACUUUGAAAAACCAGUUACACCAAAAUAUGGCCCGGGUGAUCGAGCAGAUAUUGUAAAACAUCCUGAUAAUCUUAAGCCAGAAGGUGAGUUCUUUGGAUCCCCCAAAAAUAAAGAAGAAUUCAAACCUACGAGAGGAGAUAGAGCUCCUGUUAGGAAACCUCAAGAUAAUUUGAAGAUUACUGGCGAAUUCCAAGAUACCACUGUCGCCAAAUCACAAUAUACAGUAGUAAGAGGAGAGAGGGCAGAAAUAAAGAAACACGAGGAUCAUCUUAGAGUUGGAAGUGGCAAAAUGGAAACAAACACCACAACACACGACAGUUUUGAUAAGACUGUAAAAGUUUCCCCUAGUCGUCAAAUAAUAAAUAAAAAUAAAUAUAUGGAAUCUCACAUUACGCUUGGUAACGAUGUUACGAAUAUGCAAACAACCAAUCAAAGCAAUUAUAAAACUUACACGAGAAAAGUAGAUCGAAAGACUGUUAAUAAUAAUAUUAUUAAUGAUGUAGUUGAAAGACACACUACACAAGUCAAGAAAGUUGUAAACGAUGACUCCGUUACUAAGAAAGAUGUUAAAACUCUUCAAAAAUCUAAUACUGAUGUAUCUACUGAUACAAAGACUCUUACCGACGGUAACGUUACCAGAACUAUAAAAACUACUACAGUAACUACCAACGGUGUACAACAGGCUAACGAUCAUUCGGAACGUCAUUUGAAACAAACAGCAGUAAAUGAAAUCAAAAAAUCUUCAUCUCAAACCCACGUAAGACAAUCAAACAUUCAAAAAUCUUCCUCGCAGGUUAUAGUUAAUCAGACCGGCCACAUAGAAUUUUCAAAUAAUGACGUUUCAAGUAGAACUUCACAUCAUAAAAAGAACACUCUUACGUCAGAGGAAAUAAAUAAUCAAAUAUUACAUCGUAAAGGUAUACAUACAUCGACAGAAGCUCUACACGCUACCAGUUCAUCUGCCUUGGACAUGCGCAAAUCGGUUUGUAACCUUCAUGAUCAAGGUAGAACAGUAGUGAACACGGAAAGGCACAGUUUAAGCUCAAUGCACCGUUCGAAUCAAGAAUCAAACGUAUCGAACAGACGCAGUUUACAACACCAACAUGUUUAUCAAAUGGUCGAACGACCAGAGAAAAUUGUUAGAAAAGAUAAUUUAUCUGUUGGAGGCCAUUUCUAUGGACAAUCUGAAGCGAGAUCUUAUGGCGACUUUACAAAACAACAGAAUAUUCAUAAAAUAGAACGAGUAACAAGACGAUCGAACGUUUCUAAUAUCACUUUGGGCGAUACAAAUACCCAGAUAGUUACUUCUUACAAAAAAGAAUAUUCUCCUAGAAACAUUGGACCUUGUCCUGCUGUAUUGGUAGAUGCACCUAAAGGGCCUUUUAAACAUACCAGGGAUACAAAAUCCCACAAAUUCUAUUUGCCCGUGGUAACGAAAUAAGAUUCCAUGACUACAUUCCCAAGUUUGAAUGUGAUUAUAUACAUUUUUUUUUUGUAUUCAUAAACUUUUUUGUAGCUUAUGGUAUAGGAACUAUACACAUAUUAUAUUCAUCGCUUCGGAAAAAAUUGUAAUUAAUAUUUUUAUAUGAUUAACUUUUUCAGCUUUACAAUAAACAACUUACAAUAUUUUGUGUAAUAAA